AUGUCCGUCCAGCUCCAGCCCGCGCCCCGCCAGGUCGGUGUCUUCCCCAACCUCAUCGCCCGACAGACCGAGACGCUGGUGCUCAAGGAAAAGGUGCUCUCCCUGACGGGCGACAGCUUCGACAUCAAGCUCGCCAAUGGCCAGCCCAUCCUCAAGGUCGAGGGAAAGAUGCUGAGCAUCUCGGGUCGCAAGUCGGUCUACGACAUGCAGGGCAACCACCUCUUUGACAUUGUCAAGAAGCUGCUCAACAUCCACACCACGUUCCACGUCGAGAGCCCGCAAGGGCAGGUACUCAUGGAGGUCAAGAGUAGCUUCAAGCUGCUCGGAUCCAAGGCCACAGCUACCUUCACCUCGACUGACGGCAAGCAAGACGUCCUCGAGAUGAAGGGCGGCUGGCUCGACUACGCAGCCGACAUCAUGGACAAGACAACAGGCACAGCUGUCGCCCGCAUCGACCGCAAGCUCCUUAGCGGAAAGGACAUCUUCUUCGGCCAGCAGACGUACGCCCUCGUCGUGGCGCCCAACGUUGACAUGGCCCUCAUGGCUGCGCUGUGUAUCUGCAUGGACGAGAAGAAUAACGAAAAGUAA